AUGAGGCUGGGACUGGUGUGUUUCCUCAGCUUUGUGUGGCUGUCGGAGUGCGCGCCUCCGACCUGCUACUCUAGAGCGCUCGGCCUGAGCAAAGAAAUAAUGGAUCUGCUGGACAAAAUACACACCCUCAAUCGUACGAAAACAUGUGCUGAGUUCCUUCCUACGAUCUUCCUUGAUGUGCAUAACUCAUGUGUCACAACCAAGCUCCGUGACUUUCUCUACCUGUUGCUGAACCAUCCACACCAGCACUGCAGAGAGCGUCCAAGAAUGGUGCUGUUGAAGCGUAAAGUCCAGAACUUGCACACGAUCAUCACAAGAAUUUGUUACCGGGACCUGGUGUUUUUCACAAAUGACUGCGAGGCUAUUGAUACUGGACACAGCAGACCUCACUACGCUGAGGACAGACUUCAGCUUCUGCAAGAGGAGAGAUGAGCAACACGAGAGAAGAGACAACAGAUGUACAGCGGCCUGUAACAUUCAUAAAAAAACUGCAGUAUGUAGAAUGGUAAAGCAUGUACUAUAAACACAACAGCCUGCAGUGUAUUACAUUGCUUGUUUCAUGUCCUACCUAGUUGGGUGCGUGUGUUAGCUGCAGACUCAUGUUAGUGGACAUGUGUGGUUACAUUCCAGCAAGGAGUGCAGAACUUUCCACAGGAAAUUUGCUGAAUGCCAACCAUGCCGAUGGAAACCUUGAAAUAAUAAAGCAAUAAGAGAUGCUUGUGAGUCGGGCUUAACUGCUGCUUACUUACCAGGGCUGAUCAAAGGUUCAUGUGUCAUUAAGAGAAAUAUGUCAUGUUGCCAUAACCCUCGGACUGACUAACAUGUCUUAAAGGAGCAUUAUACAGCAUUUAGUAAACAUUUGAAGGGUUGAACAUGGUGGUUGAGAAUGUUAUGUAAGGAAUAGAUGUCCUAAGCAUUGCUUUCCCACAGCUGUACAGUAUGUUCCUUUAUACAUUUCUUGCAUCCAAACUAUUUUUAGUUUUGUUUCAUCUCAAGUUACCAUAGUGCUGCUGCUUGUACUCAAAGACAAGUCAAUGUUUUCAUGACCUUAAAUAAAUGGAUAUAAAAUAAUGGAGCUCUCACUGCCAUAGACACAUUAGAAACAUUCAUAUUUUUUGUAGUUUACCGGGCAUUCUUUAUAUGUACUUAAUGACAAUAUAUGUCUUAUAUUGUGUAAUAAACCUCUGUAUGUAUCAACUUUUUUAUGUUUCUGUUGAUUUAUUUUCUAAAAUUGUCUCCAGAGUCUCUGCCAGCUGUUUCUGGGAAACACCGCACAUACGCUGUCAAGACUAAACUGGUUCAUGUUCUGAAGAAGUGAAGUGAAGUCAUUUUCACUCUUGUGCAUUUAUUGUAAUGUUCGUCACUACUGGAUAAAAAUAGAGCUGUAUUUUUGAGCAACCAUUGUUUUAAGCAAAGUACAAAAAGCAUUUUCACUCUAUAAACCAAAACAUUUGAUUAACUGUGAGAGAGGAGUGUGGUUUAACACAAACCACACUGUCUUUCAUUUAGCGAGCAAAACUUAAAGUAAACAUUAACUCUCCCAAUGAUGAAAUGUAGCUAUUCAUGUAUUUUGGACAAAUAAAUAAUGGUGCUGUU